CAGUCCCCGCUGAGUAACAGCAGUAAAGUAAUGAUGGCGUCCUCAGCGGUUCGCUGCUCCACACGUUGGAUUACAGUUGCUGUGUCCUCUGGUCACCGUCGUGCUUUGGCCCCUUCUUCCAAUGGAGGCUCAAGAAGUCUGUCGACUUUUGGAGCACAGAAAUUCUGGCCGGGAAGCAAUGCAAUGCGUGGUGGCACAGGGAAUGCGUUGACAUUGAGAGGGCUGUCAGUUCCAGGUGUUAAAUCUCCCCAUGUCAUCUGCACACUGUCCUUCCACACAAGUGCCCCAGCCUCCAACAAACAGGACUUCUACACGGUGUUGGAGGUACCACGCACUGCCACCCAGAAAGAGAUCAAGAAAGCGUAUUAUCAGAUGGCUAAGAAGUAUCACCCUGACACCAACAAGGAAGACCCUAAGGCCAAGGAGAAAUUUGCUCAGCUGGCUGAAGCUUAUGAGGUGCUGAGUGACGAGGUGAAGAGGAAGCAGUAUGACACGUACGGGGUGGCAGGGUUCGACGCCAGCCAGGCGGGCGGUGGUGGACACCAGAAGUACUGGAGCGGACAGGCUAACAGCGUGGACCCAGAGGAACUGUUCCGCAAGAUCUUUGGGGAGUUCUCUGGAAGCCGUGGCUUCGGCGACUUCAAUGCCGUAUUUGAUCAGCCCCAGGAGUUUAUCAUGGAGCUGACGUUCACCCAAGCUGCCAAGGGGGUCAACAAAGAGAUGGCGUUCAACACUGAGGCCAGCUGCCAGCGAUGUGAUGGUAAAGGGAGCGAGCCUGGCACCAAGGUUGUGCACUGCCACUACUGCAACGGCUCCGGCAUGGAGACGGUGAACACGGGCCCCUUUGUGAUGCGGUCGACAUGCCGUCGGUGUAAUGGGAAAGGCACUGUGAUCUCCACCCCAUGUAACUCCUGUCACGGGACCGGACAGACCAGACAGAAAAAGACAGUAAUGGUCCCUGUCCCAGCAGGUGUUGAGGACGGUCAGACGGUCAGGAUGCCUGUGGGGAAGAAGGAGGUGUUCAUCACGUUUCGGGUCCAGAAGAGCCCAGUGUUCAGACGGGACGGCGCAGACAUCCACUCUGACGUGCUGAUCUCUGUGGCUCAGGCUGUACUGGGGGGCACGGCCCGGGCACAGGGCCUCUACGAGACAGUCAACCUCUCGAUCCCUGCUGGGAUCCAAACAGACCAGAGGAUCCUCCUCUCUGGGAAGGGCAUCGCACGGAUCAGUGGCUAUGGUUACGGAGAUCACUACGUCCACGUCAAAGUCCGAGUCCCCAAGAUCCUGACAGACAGACAGAAAGCUCUGCUCAUGAGCUACGCAGAGGAUGAGACUGAAGUGGAGGGGACAGUCAAUGGUGUCACAAGCACCACUGCAGGUGGGGGCAGCAGUGGUAAGCAGUCUGAGGCAGGGCAGGACAGGCAAGAGGAGGUAGGAGAGAGCAAGCAGGAGCAGGGCUUCUUCACCAAGUUAAAACAAUUGUUUAGCUCCACCUGACAGUCACAAACCAGGUAAAAGGUCCACUGGGAACUGAGGCGAGUGUCCGAGGGUAGAGAGAUGAUGCCCUAAGAAGACAGCCGCAAGGAGGGACCAGAUAUGGGGACAGGUGGUGGGAGAGUGUUGGAGGGAUGAUGUCUACUGUAUCCUACUCUGGCACUGGACAAGACCGGUUACCCCAGAUCUACCUUCACAGAUCUCCUUUCAUCCUUGAUCAGUUCCAUAGCAGUGGAAGACAAUGGACUGAAACAGACUCAAACAGAAUGUGGUCCUAACUCAUACCUGCUGCCUAAAACCCAAAUCCAAGAGGAAAUAUGCUCUGGAAGUACCAGGAAGUGACUGCCCCUUAGGGUUAGGGUUUGGUCUGUCUGCUGUCUUUGAGGAAUACACUGUUGCCAGUGAUAGCUAAAAACAUGGAUAUACAAAACAUUAAACAUUAGACACCUCUAUAAUAUUGAGUUGCACCCCCUUUUUCCCUCAGAACAGCCUCAAUUCAUCAGGGAAUGGACUCCACAAUGUGUCAUGCGUUCCACAGGGAUGCUGGUCCAUGUUGACUCCAAUGCUUCCCACAGUUGUGUCAAGUUGGCUGGAUGUCCUUUGGGUGGUGGACCAUUCUUGAUACACACAGGAAACUGUGGAAAAACCCAGCAACACUGCAGUUUGACACUCAAACUAGUGCGCCUGAUACCUACUAUCAUACCCUGUUCAAAGGCAUUUCAAUCUUUUGUCUUGCCCAUUCACUCUGAAUGGACACAGACACAAGUCUGUGGUCUCAAAGCUUAAACUUCCUUCUUUAACCUGUCUCCCCCCCUUCAUCUACACUGAUUAAGUAAAUUGAAGUGUCAUUAAGAAGGGAUCAUAGCUUUCACCUGGUCAGUCUGUCAUGGAAAUAAGUUAUUCCUAAUGGUUUGUACACUUAGGGUAUAAGAAUAGAAAAUCCAUUUAAUUUAAAAGGCCUGUGCUGCAAUAAGGAGCUUUGUUUUGGUUGAGAUCCUCCUGAUUUCCUAAUGUGUAAUAAGUUCUGUAAAGUUAACUCUGCUUCCUAUCUAGCUAGCCACUGCAAUGAGUUGUACCAACCUAGUAACAGCUAUGGUGAGAUAGAGGAAGUUGUCUGGCUGAUAUAUACCUUUGUUACAUUAAAAAAAGUCAUGUGUGUGGAGAUGCAUUUGGGUCUAAGGACCCAGUCAUCCAGGAUGGGCAUGACUCAAACCAGUUGGAUCAGAUGUGGCUGGACCUCUUCCCUCAUCAACCCCUUCUCUCUCGAUGAAUCUGAGAAUUCACUCAAAGCAGCACACUUUCAUGUACCUCCAUUCUGCCUCGUUAUAUUUGUAAAUACAGAGCUGUUGAUAUUGCAAUCAUACCAAUGUGUCAUGUUAGAGACGUAAAUAACAUCUAUAAUUAAAGUGAAAUCUAAAUGAA